UCAUGUUCAGAUGGUGCUACCAUAUGAUGGAAUUGGCACGAAAACUCUCGCGAGACAACGAAUCUCCAACACGUGACCCCGAAGAGAGCUUGUCGGGACAUGCACGGACAAUCCUUCAUUCUGCAGUUCGUCACGCAGCGCGGCAGUAACGUUGGUAAUAGCGCUCACAGAGACGGACGUGUGCUGCAACUUCCCGCGCUUUUCAGAGACGCCUCCCCGGUUUAGACCACUCGGACUCUAGUUUUCCAUAUUUUUUCCUUCCCCUGGGUUUACCUGGCCCCUCGGAACUCUCUCCGUCCCGAGUUUUAUCCCCCGACCAUGUUUGGAGCCGGCAAGAGAAAGAUUAAACUCCCUGCGCGGUACGCCGCGUCUCCUGCGGAGGACGACCCUGAAUGGCUUUCGACUCCAACAGACAACCUCGCGGAGCAGCUAGACAACGAAAUUUUAGACGUCUCCAGACGGAUAGAGCAAAUGAAGGUCGACAUGGGCCUGGAAAACCGGACGGAAUCCACGUCUACCCCCCUCCCCACGCACGGCGACGUCAUCGGUCAGAGGUCGAUCAUCCCAGAAGCCCUUGCGCAAGAUCCUCAAGAUGGCCGCCACCAGCGCCUUUCAACAAGAGCUCCUAAGUCCAUAGCCCCACCGGAUGGCCACUAUCCAACCUUGCGUGAGGUCCGGGCGUUUCACAAGGCGCAUAACGACCCGUCCACUUUCACACAGCAUUUUCCGAGGCAGACAGGCGGGACUCACGUCGCCGAUGCGAUCCGAAGCUCUGACGGACGUCCGAUGCAGUUCAACUUUCAACACGUCUCUGACGAAGACGCGCACCCGCCGGCCCAAGGUAAGAAGCUCAGUAGCGGUCUUUCGAGAAAAGCACAUGACAGAGUAGUUCGAGAAGUGAACUGGCCGCACGAAUUCGUCUUCUCCGCCAACACCACCAUCACUCAUGACUCACUGACUUUAGAUCAACUUGUGGCUGGCGAAAUGGCCAUCAUUUUAAGUCCCCAUACAAAUCCCAUGGAGAGUCAAAACAGGGGCCAUAUUUUGAAAGGGCUCAUGCUCGACGUUCCCACCUAUUCCUUUCCUGGUAUUAAGAACUUCUACAAGAUUCUGUUUAUACACGUAGAGCACGGCCUGGUCACCAUAGACAGCACUACUACCUUAUCAGAAGUACACAAGUUGAAGGAGGAACAUUUGCGACGACCCCCCCGCAACCACAACAGCAGUGACGGACAAGCAGGACAUGGGCAUGCCACACCAGUUGAGAGAGCAGGGGGCUCAAGAAGCACGUAUUGCUACAGAUUCCAGGCCAACAAUUGUGCCUUCUCUGCAGAUCACAUAGCCGCUUCUGGUACCCUUCACGUCCAUGCCUGCAAGUUCUGUGCCAGGCACAGACCUGGGGUUGAUGCUGGACACCCUGCCAAGUUCUGUCCUUAUAACCGGGACCGCGGCCGACAGGGCAACCACGCAGUCGCAAGGGACACUCUUGCCUGACUAGGCCCAGUCCAGACUUCAG